UUGUAGAUACAUAUUUGUGUGGAGUGCUUCGUAAGGCAUACUCAAAUUUCCACCAGAAGAAAUUCAAAGAGACAAAUCAAAAACCAGCUCAGAGCUUGUGUAGCCCUACAAAACAAUUAAACCUUGAAAAAAGAUACUGCAUCAGUGGACCAGGCGAUGCGAGCUCUAAGUCGCUCGACUUCGAAGCAUCAACCUUCCAUCAGCACGUGAAAAGUGUAAAAAAGUCAAAGAGAUCUCGUGUUAGAAAAUGGACCACCAAGUAAAGACCCAUUGUCCUUUGAUCGUCGAGGAUAGUAACAGCAAUCUCAUGACUAAUGGUCACCAGGUGAAGCAACAGCUCGCCGUAGCGCCAACUAGCGCACUGGCGCACGUCAGCAAGUUGUCACCCGUUAACAUAGAAUUCAACGAUCUGACGUACACUGUACCAACGGGGCGCAGAGGUUCGAAAAUGAUCCUGAGGGGUGUGAGCGGGCAAUUCAGGGCUGGAGAGCUCACUGCCAUACUCGGGCCCUCCGGAGCUGGCAAAUCGACUCUGCUCAACGUUCUGGCUGGAUACAAAUACGAGGGAGCCGCGGGCAUAAUAACAGUGAACGGCCAGCCCCGCGAUCUCCGGGACUUCCGGCGCAAGUCCUGCUACAUCAUGCAAGAGGACCUCGUCCAGCCGAAGCUCACGGUUCUCGAGGCCAUGCGUUUCGCGGCUGAUCUCAAGCUCGGCAACAAAGUCGCACCCGCCGCCAGACUGGAAGUUAUAAGCGAAAUCCUGGAAACAUUGAGGCUAAGCAACGCGAGGGACACGACCACAGAGCGAUUAUCCGGUGGCGAAAGAAAGAGGCUCUCCAUAGCUCUGGAACUCGUCAACAACCCUCCGGCGAUAUUCCUCGACGAGCCGACGACCGGCCUGGACGAGAUGUCGUCGGUGCAGUGCAUCGACCUGCUGCAACGGGUGGCGCUCAACGGCCGCACGGUCAUCUGCUCGAUUCACACGCCGAGCGCCAGUAUAUUCGCCAAAUUCCACAACGUCUACGUAGUGGCGGCGGGCCAGUGCGCUUACCGUGGCCCCGUGGCCGACGUCGUGCCUUUCCUCCGGCAUUUGGGCAUCGAGUGUCCCAAGCACUACAACCCCGCGGACUUUAUCCUGGAGUUAUCGGCAGGCGAGUACGGACAUGAACUCGUCGACAAGAUGGUCCAGAAAACGGACGCGCGCUUACCACUCCUACCGAUCACCAACGGCCACCAGCAACAAAAGCCAAGGCACCACUCGCCGAGGACGACAACAGCCAAAGAGGUCGUCAAGAUCGCCUGGUGGGAACAAUUCAUGGCUCUCUAUCGCAGGAAAAUGCUCCAGUUCUACCGUGAUAGGAAUUACAUGUACCUGAAAAUCUCGCUCCACAUAUUCCUGGGCAUAAUCAUCGGUGGGCUGUUUUUUGAUAUCGGUAACGAUGGCUCCAAGACGCUUUUCAACUUUGGCUUCUGCUUCACUUGCCUCAUCGUCUUUCUCUACAUACCGAUGCUGCCCGUUUUGUUACACUAUCCCCAGGAGGUUCAGCUAGUCAAGCGCGAGUACUUCAAUCGCUGGUACGACUUGAGUCCGUAUUUCUGUGCUCUCACAGUUUCCAGCAUUCCGGCGCAGCUGCUCCUGUGCUUCCUCUACUUGUCGAUGGUCUACCCGAUCACCAAUCAACCGAUGGAGCUCUACAGGUGCAUAAUGUUCAUAAGCACGUGCAUGGUUUGCUCUCUGAUUGCUGAAAGUAUGGGCUUGGCCAUCGCUAGCACGCUCAGCAUCGUGAACGGCAUGUUCGUGGGGCCGGCGAUGACGGUGCCGCUGAUGCUGUUCGCGGUGCAGGGAAUUGGCGACGAGACGCCGUUACCGAUCUACCGUCAAAUAAUCAUGUACGCGAGCUACAUCCGCUACGGGCUCGAGGGCCUGAUAGUCUCGACCUACGGCUACAACCGCAACAAGCUACCCUGUCCCGAAGGAGAGGACUUGUUCUAUUGCCACUACAGCGUGCCACGCCAGCUGCUCAGAGCCAUGGGUAUGACUCACGCCGUCUUUUGGGUCGAUUUCCUGGCACUGCUCGCGAUCCUGCUGCUGCUCCGGGCCCUUACCUACUACUUGCUGCGCCAACGCCUCAGGCCGAACAAGACCUUCCGGGCGCUACACCUGAUCGGCCGGCUCGUCAAGAGCCACUUUGUUUAGGAUUUUAGGCAAUUAUAUUUGCAGGCCGAUUUUCCAUCGUCACUAUACUAUUAUUACAUCGAUGUGUAUUAUUAUUAUUAUUAUUAUUAAUAUUGUUACUACUACUGAUUUUCAUAUCUGACAAGGCGAUAAUGCGCGAUUGUCUCUCGAAAAGUGAUAUCGAGUAGGAUAAUCAUACAGUAUGUACAUAUAAGAAAAACGUGUAUCAUAUAUUAUUUAAUUAGGUGUAUGAAUAUCCUUUACGCGUAACUUAUACAUAUAGUGAGGUGAUGAGUAGCUUGUAAUUAAUUAUAUACAUUAUGUCGUUGAGAAAGAGAAAAAAAGAUGAAUUAUAUAUAUAUAUAUAUACACGUGUGUCUAUACUGUUGUUGUUGUUAAUGUUGUUAUGGUUGUUCUUGUUAACUUUUCUACGAAUUUCACAGCAUUUGGAUUGUGACGGACGAGUGUCGCGCGAAAUAUACCAAAAACAAAUAAAAUAAGGAAAAAAAAAAAAACACGA